AUGGCCCAGCUGGCUGGCAGGUAUGACGACAUAAGCCGCAUCUUUGAGGGGCUGCUCUCUGGGACUAGAUUGGAGGCGACAAAGAAGUGCACAGUUGCAAUCGGAAGGGCCCAGAUCGAGCAAGCUAGCAAGCAUGGACAGAGCUUGCGUGGCCACACCGCAAAUGUCAGAUUCAUCGCCUGGAGCCCUGAGGGGGGCAAAGUUGCCACGGCGUCAGCUGACAACACGUGCGCGCUUUGGGACUCCGUGACGGGGGAGCGCCUCAGGGUGCUGGAGGGUACCUUAGAUCAUACGAUUAUUGGGUGGAACCCUGACGGGAGCAGACUGUCGACAGGGACAAUUAGUUUUUUAGGCCCCCCCAAAGGCGCCAUCUGGAACGCCGCGACAGGGGAGCGUCUCAGCGUUGUGAAGGGCUGGAUCCCCUGGAGCAUCAUGCCACGGGACUAUAUUGAUGGGCGUCUUGAAGGAAGGGUCUUGAGCCCCGACAGGAGCAAACUGGCGACAAUGUUAGAUGACAAGAGGGUGGCAAUUUCGGACGCCGCAACUGGGGAGCGCCUCAGGGUGCUGGAGGGCCACACCGGUCUUGUUCAUUGCAUCUGCUGGAGCCCCGAUGGGAGCAGCAUCGC